GACCGACCUCAGAUUUUGAUUCCAGUCUAGUUCUUCGAUCAAUGUUUAUUCCCUCUUCGUUUAGGCCACUGGCUAAGCUAGUUCCUGUAUGUGUAUAGGCUAGAGAGAGAGUGUGUGUGAAAGAAGGAGAGAGAGAGAGAGAACGGCUCUUAUAAUUACUGAAUUUACUUUAAAGCUUGAGUGUAAAACAAAAGAAAAAAGUUACCUUUAAAUUUCACCGCCAUGCCUGUAAGACAGAUGAAGGAAAGGCAAGAGCAACAUUUGGUGAUCAAACCCCAGUUUCAUAACAGUAAUGGAAAAGGGUCACUGGAUCAAGAACCACUGAAUGGAAAAACCCAUGGCCAGACUUCGCCGCCUGCGAAGAAUAGAGGUAGGAGAAGGCGUAGAGGUGGCCGGAAAUCAGAUCAAGGUGAGGCCUUUAUGCGGCCAACUUCACGGCCGUGCACGGCGGCAGCACAUCAGCCAGCUGAAGGAGGUGUCGUCGAAGAAUGUGGUUUGGGGGUUCCCUGCUCCAGCAAGUCCUUAAGCUUUGCGUCUAGGCCUGGCUAUGGAACCCUUGGGGUGAAGUGUAUAGUGAAGGCCAACCAUUUCUUAGCAGAGUUACCCGACAAGGACUUGAACCAGUACGAUGUAACUAUUACACCUGAAGUCUCAUCAAGAAUUGUGAAUAGAGCUAUAAUUGCAGAGUUAGUGAAAGUAUACAGACAAUCAGAUUUAGGGAUGAGAUUACCGGCUUAUGAUGGGAGGAAUAGUUUGUACACUGCUGGAGAGCUUCCAUUUACAUGGAAGGAGUUCACCAUUAGGCUCAUUAGUGAAGAUGAUGUAAUCAACGGUCCUAAGAGAGAGAGGGAGUACAAAGUAGUGAUAAGGUUUGUAGCAAGAGCAAAUUUGCAUCACAUGAACCAAUUUCUUGCCGGUAAGCGUGCGGAUGGCCCACAAGAAGCUCUUAAAAUUUUGGACAUUGUGUUAAGAGAGGGAUCAAUGAAGAGGUAUUGUCCGGUGGGAAGAUCAUUCUUUUCCCCAGAUAUCCGACGACCACAGCCUCUUGGUGACGGUUUAGAAGCAUGGUGUGGAUUCUAUCAGAGCAUUAGGCCUACUCAGAUGGGCUUAUCCUUGAAUAUUGAUAUGGCUUCGGCUGCAUUCAUUGAAGCCCUCCCUGUUAUUGAAUUUGUGGCUCAGUUAUUGGGAAAGGAUGUGUCAUCAAAGCCUUUGUCGGACUCUGAUCGCAUUAAGAUUAAGAAGGCUCUUAGAGGUGUCAAGGUUGAAGUAACACACAGAGGUAAUGUUAGAAGAAAAUAUCGAGUUUCUGGAUUGACUACACAGGCAACAAGAGAACUUGUGUUUCCGGUUGAUGAAAUGUCAAACAUGAAGUCUGUUGUUGAGUAUUUUCAAGAAAUGUAUGGCUUCACAAUUGAAUAUACUCAUCUUCCUUGCCUUCAAGUAGGGAAUCAAAAGAAAGCAAAUUAUUUACCAAUGGAGGCAUGUAAAAUUGUUGAGGGGCAACGAUAUACUAAAAGAUUAAGUGAAAAGCAAAUUACUUCUCUUCUUAAGGUUACUUGCCAAAGACCAAGGGAUCGGGAAAAUUCCAUUUUACAGACGGUCCAACAUAAUGUAUAUGAUCAAGAUCCAUAUGCAAAUGAGUUUGGCAUUAAGAUUAGUGAAAAAUUAGCUUCACUUGAAGCUCGAGUUCUCCCUGCUCCUUGGUUAAAAUACCAUGAAGCUGGGAAGGAAAAGGACUGCUUGCCUCAUGUGGGACAGUGGAAUAUGAUGAAUAAGAAAAUGAUCAAUGGGAUGACUGUUAACCGUUGGGCAUGCAUCAACUUCUCUCGAAGUGUCCAAGAAAGUGUGGUCCGUGGAUUUUGUAACGAACUUGCUCUGAUGUGUCAAGUAUCUGGCAUGGAAUUCAACCCGGAGCCGGUAGUUCCAAUCUAUACUGCGCGGCCUGAACAAGUAGAGAAAGCAUUGAAACAUGUUUAUCAUUCAUGUGUUAACAAGCUAAAGGAAAAAGAACUGGACCUUGUAUUGGCCAUCUUGCCAGAUAAUAAUGGGUCUUUGUAUGGUGAUAUUAAGAGGAUAUGUGAGACUGAUCUCGGGCUCAUAACUCAGUGUUGCCUUACAAAAUAUGUCCUUAAGAUCAGCAAGCAGUAUUUGGCUAAUGUCUCUUUGAAGAUCAAUGUCAAGAUGGGUGGGAGAAAUACGGUUCUGUUGGAUGCAAUCAGGUGCAGAAUUCCCUUGGUGAGCGAUAUCCCGACCAUCAUAUUCGGAGCCGACGUUACUCACCCUGAGAACGGCGAAGAUUCCAGCCCUUCAAUAGCUGCUGUAGUAGCUUCUCAGGAUUGGCCGGAGGUGACAAAAUAUGCUGGCCUAGUUUGUGCUCAAGCUCAUCGGCAGGAACUCAUCCAAGAUCUGUACAAGACAUGGCAGGAUCCUGUUCGUGGAACUGUCAGCGGUGGCAUGAUUCGAGAUCUCUUGAUCUCCUUCAGAAAGGCAACUGGCCAAAAGCCUCAAAGGAUAAUCUUUUACAGGGAUGGUGUGAGUGAAGGACAAUUUUAUCAAGUCUUACUUUUCGAGUUAGAUGCCAUUCGUAAGGCUUGUGCAUCCUUGGAGCCUAACUACCAACCGCCAGUAACAUUUAUCGUUGUGCAAAAGCGACAUCAUACCCGACUCUUCCCAAAUAAUCAUAAAGACCGUAGCAGCAUUGAUAAGAGUGGGAACAUACUGCCCGGUACAGUUGUUGACACAAAAAUAUGUCAUCCUACAGAAUUUGAUUUUUAUCUCUGCAGCCAUGCUGGAAUCCAGGGGACUAGUAGGCCGGCUCAUUACCAUGUUAUCUGGGAUGAGAACAACUUUAGUGCAGAUGGAAUUCAGUCACUGACAAACAACCUUUGUUAUACAUAUGCUAGGUGCACCCGUUCCGUUUCGGUUGUCCCUCCGGCUUAUUAUGCACACCUUGCGGCAUUUAGAGCGAGAUUCUACAUGGAACCGGAUAUGCAGGAGAGUGGAGUAGGCGUGAAGAACAGCAAAGGUUGUGGGGAGCCAGGGGGUGUAAGAACAUUGCCAGCUCUGAAAGAAAAUGUGAAAAGGGUCAUGUUUUACUGCUAGGAGGACUAGCCGAGAGAAGCUUGGGUCGGGAUAGGUUGUAGGUGGGAAUGAAUAAGUAAUGUGACAAAAGUAGGAUCUGUAAAAGCAGUGAUCGACAUCGUCGAAUGCUGUUUGUAAUUAGUACAGUUUCAUCCUUUAGGUUUGCAAAGCUUGACAUGGGCCGGGUAGAUCACUGAUGUAAAUGGCAGCUUCAGUUUCGUUCUAGUGAUGAGUUUAGUCAGCCCCCUUUUGACAUUACUGCGUUAUAUCUAUGUUUACAUCAUAUAUGGAAGUACAACUUGUUAAGAUAUGUGUUACUCUAAGUAAUGUAAAUGCUUAAAAAUAUGGUAUGCUUUUGUAAAUGUUUAAUUGUUUAAAAAAGUUGGUCUCUC